AUGGAUAGCGCCUACCUCAAUUUCUCAUCCCUGGACUCAAUCUAUAUCAUUGACUACGUCGUCGUCACCCGGCCCGACAGCUACGGCUCGCUUCCUACCAACCGCAAGGUAUCUUUGUCUGGACUAUUCUAUACACUCACGCACGGACAGCGCGUCAACGCCAUGAAGGGGCGGCACGUAGCUUAG